AUGUUUUGGAAGUGGCGGGCAGACGAGGGGCUGCUGUCCGUACUCGUCCUUCUACUAAUUCUUGACAUUUCGACUACUGACGGCACUCCGGCCCUAUUUUCAAGUCAAGCCGAGCCGCCGCUGCUGCACGCCUCCCGGUCACCGUUCCUCGACCCGAUGCCGAUCCGAAUAUCGCCGAACGUGUGCAGCUCGGAUACACUCGUCGUCAUCCAUUCGGCCGAGGGCAACUACCAGCGACGGGCCGUCAUACGCCGAACGUUUGCCCAGAAAUAUCUGAAGGCAAAGUACAGCUUCCAAGUGCUAUUCGUGGUCGGCGAGGACGCGAAUAUGCCGAUGUUUCAAAAGUGGACCCGCCAAGAAUCGGACAUGUACGGCGACAUUCUGCAGGGCGGCUUCGUCGACAUCUACAAGAACUUGACAAUAAAGAGCCUCCUCUGGAUGCGGUACGCGGUUGCCAACUGCCCCUGGAGUCGCCACAUCGUACAUCUCGACGAUGACGUGAUCAUCGACGUCGACACCAUUUUUCAUAACCUCAUCAACCCGGAACUCGGCGAGGAACUGAUCAUCUGCAUGGGAAACUCUUACCACGACGCGAUAGUGCAUAGGGACCCGGAAAAUCGAUGGUACGUCCCGCUGGAGAGCUACCCGGCUUCCGUAUUCCCUGACUACUGCGCGGGCGCCGCGUACGUUCUUCCAAUGGACGCGGUCCCAAAAUUACUCGAAGCCAUUGACUCAAUCCCUUACAUUACGAUAGAUGACGUGCUUAUUACCGGGAUUGCCAGGGUGAAGGUUGGGAUCGAGAUACGACAGCUACAUCCAGCCGGUCUCCUCGGCGCCUCCUCCGAUGUCGUCAUCGAGAAGUUCCAACAACGAAAAAUCGUCGUCGGCGAGUGCCACAGCGUCGUCGACUCGGAGCGGAUAUGGCUGGACCUCGAGCAACGUCUCAUCGAGCCGACGCAAAUGCUGAAGCUCGAGCAGGUGCACGUCGAAUUGAGCAGCACCUCCUUCCUCGGCCCGGCGCUGCUCAUCAUCGGCGUCAACCUGGUGCUCAUCUUCGUCGCGUUGCGCUACUUCCGGCCGAAGAGGCUCUCGCGGCUCUUCCGACGCUCCAUGCAACGCAUCUCCUCGCAGACGCCGCUCAACAACCUCAUAAUGCUCAACGCC